AUGGAGACGUUCAUGGACGAUUCUCUGAUACCGGAUUUCAGCCAAUCUCCGCGAGUCCCGAACAGUUCGUUCGGCCCUUAUCCAGCAAUGGUGCGUCAUCUAAGCGAUAAAUCCACUGAAAAAACUGGCGACGAUUCGAUGGAGUACUUUAGUGCUGGGUCCCCUAGUCAAACGAGUUUCGACCGCACCAACGAAUCUAUGACGACGUCUGGUCGCAGAUUAGUAGAAUCGAACUCUCACAUGAGCCGACCGCGCAACGACAGCUUGUCUACAAAGGAUUGGCCUCAAGAAAGAGUUAUUUCGUGGCUCAAACAGCACCGCUUCUCAGCAGAGUGGAUUGACGCCUUUGCCGCCGCUCACAUAGAAAAUGAGACGUUUUUGGCCCUGGCAAACCCCAAGAAUUUCCAGAAAUACAACUUUAAUAUAAACGACUCCCCCUCCCGCUUCUUCCAGCUCAUGGCAACGCUCUCCACUGAACAGCUCCCAGAGUCCCCCGCCGUAUCCCAUACUGCAAUCUCAAGCCCCUUCAGCAAUGGCAACCCUACAGCGCCCACGGUUUCUCCUUGGUCCUCCUCUUCUUUAUCAUCGCCACCAGGAACGUUUUUCCCUAAGCGAACGCAGGAAAAGUUCUUAUUUUUGGACAAACGACUACGGCCGACGCGGGGCCAAAGUAACGGGCCGAGUAUUCUCGUUACUACUGACAACAUUUCGUUCACCCUAGUGAAUAUUCUGCUUUGCCAGAACGCGAAAGAGGUACGGAUGCGAAUACUAGAACGUUUGCAACUCAACUCUCCUGGAUUCAGAGCUAGUGUUCACCUGACAGACUACUUUUGCGUCCCCGGUGAAGCUCUGAGCGAUAAGCAGUUGUGGGACGUACUGUCGGCUGCUGCAGGUGAUAUUGCAAAGUUGUAUAUCGGUUUAGAAUCGCUCGACCCGUCUCCGGCCAAGUUUUACGGAUCUAGCGACGAUGUACUGUCUCCUAGUGGGGAGAUCCGUCAAUUGCCCUACCCGCAGACGCCAUCUCACCUUAUUUUGAGUAUUCCUAAUCCUACUGGAGACUAUUUUGCAUCGAAACCAGUUGCAUCCCCUGCACCAACCAGACAUUUUGUGACAUCCAAGGCUGCUCAACAAAGCGGGGUGCCCUUGCUUUCAUCUCCUCCUGUUCCGGCUGGGUCCAAGAACCUGCCCCAAAUAACGCCAGAUAACGUUCCGUUCAAACGUAUAGCUUCGAUUCGUCGCAAGGGGCCGUCUCUUUCCCGUGAGAAUUCCGAUGCAUCACUCCUGCCCAUGAGAACAGCCCCCAAACCUCCGCUGGCUCGCCAAAACUCGGCACGGUACCGUCCCGAGCUCAGCCCUGUAGCACAAAGCCCACAAAGAACAGUACCGCGGAAAGAAGUUCAGACCAGUGUUGAGCCCGAUCCGCCAUUGACGGCACCAAGAGAAACCGAUGAGGAGACAGCGUUCUCCUGGGACUCUGCCCCUGAGCUCGAGGACUCGGAUGAUGAAGGUAGUGACGAUGGCUUGUGGGCAAUGAAACCGCAAACAGGAAGCUAUGUUCCGACUACUGAUUCGGAAGGGCAUAGCACAGGAAUAACACCCAACAAUUACACGGCUCGUCCUCCCACUGAGGUGCUGCUCGAAAAUCUCGAUCAGUUCUUCCCUAAUACCGACCUUGAUCGCCCAGUGAUUCAGCAGCGACAUCGUAAAGGAAAUUCCUCAAGCAGUCUCUCGUCUCCCCAAUCGGCUGAAAAAACCACCGUUGCUUCCCCAGCUUCCAAUGUAUCAACAUCUUCCAAAUCACCCAAAGGUGAGGUGGGUCGCAUCAAGUCCAUUCGAGUGGUCGCUCGCGAAGCUAGCCGCAGAAUGCACGGCGGAACAUCGUUAUUACGUCGCAAGUCAACCAAGAUGUGGGGACAGAAGGUUGUCGAAGUCGAAAAGGGACACACAAUCACGUUGCGGGACCGGAAGCAGUACGUUUGGGUUCGCGGUGAGCUGCUGGGCCGUGGUACGUUCGGCAAAGUGUAUCUGGGUCUUAAUUUGACGACUGGCGAUAUGCUUGCUGUUAAACAAGUCGAAGCUCCUCGCCAGCUUUCAAAGAGUCACGCAACCCAGAACAGUAUCGAUACGCUGUUUUCUGAGGUAGAGACAAUGAAGGAUCUUGAUCACCUCAACAUCGUGCAAUAUCUGGGAUUUGAGGCUCGUGAAGAUAUGUAUAACCUGUUCUUGGAAUAUGUGCCCGGUGGGUCCGUCAAGGCUAUUUUGGAUCACUAUGGCCGGUUCCCCGAACAGAUUAUUCGUAACUUGAAUACACAGGUUCUGGAUGGUCUCGCUUACCUUCACUCUCGUGGCAUUCUUCAUCGAGAUCUCAAGGCAGACAACUUGCUUUUGGAUCUUGACGGCACUAUCAAGAUCUCGGAUUUCGGUAUCUCCAAGCGCAGCCGGGACAUUUACUCAAACAAUGCCGAAAUGUCUAUGCAAGGCACAAUUUUCUGGAUGGCUCCAGAAGUCAUUCACAACGUUGUCAAGAAUGAAAAGCAAGGCUACAGCGCCAAAGUCGAUGUUUGGUCUUUGGGCUGUGUGAUUUUGGAAAUGUUCGCUGGCCGACGCCCCUGGUCCACUGAAGAAGCAGUGGGUGCGUUAUACAAACUCGGCUCCUCUAAGCAAGCCCCACCUAUCCCUGAUGAUACCCUGCCAUACGUUUCGACACUCGGCAAAAACUUUUUGGACGCGUGCUUCAUCAUUGAUCCCAGCGAGCGUCCCACAGCUCGGGAACUGCUCAAUCACACUUUUGCAGAGCGUGAUCCUAACUUCAAGUUCUCGGAAACAGCUUUAGGCAAAUUUUUAAUCCAAUCCACACCAAAGCGUGUUCCGCAUGUUUAG